GGCAGCCGGGCCAUGGCGAGGAGCCGGGCGGCUUACGAGUACACGGAGGCGGAGGACAAGAGCAUGCGGCUGGGUUUCCUCCUCAUCGCCGCCGGCUUGCUUUCCCUCUUGGGUUUGGGUUGUUGCUGGCUUCGCCCGGCGCUGCAGGAGCGGGGCGGCGGCGGCUCCGCCAACUGCACGGUGCUGGCGGUGCGGCAGCUGGGGGAGCGCUUCGCCUGCACCUUCUCCUGCGGGGCCGCCUGCCGCGGCACCGCCCGAUACCCCUGCCUCCAGGUCCUGGUCCGCACCUCCCGCUCCUCCGCGCCCGCCCUGCUCCACGAGGAUGAGCGCCAGCUCCGCACCAACCCUAAGUGUUCGUACAUCCCUCCCUGUGCAAGAGAUGAUCAGGAGAACUCUGAGAACGUCACGUACAAGCAGAAAUACUGGAAAGAGAAAGUGGGUUCUCAACCAUUUACAUGCUAUUUUAACCAGCACUUGAGGCCAGAUGAUGUGAUGCUCAAGCGCACCCAUGAUGAGACUGUCCUCUUGCACUGCUUCCUCUGGCCUGUGGUGACAUUCCUGGUUGGAGUCCUCAUUGUGGUCCUGACCAUCUGUGCCAAGAGCUUGGCUGUCAAGGCAGAGGCAAUAAAAAAGAAGAAGCAUUUGUGAGUGGCAAGGUUGCUGAUGGAAGAGAAAAAACUGCAAGGAGGUCUCAAGUGGGGAAACUUGACACACCCGCAGGUCUGCGGGGCACCCUUCGUCUCCUUCCAGGGUCUGAUCUGAUGGUGGAGCUGCUCUUGCCUCAGGAUUGUUCUUAGGAGACUGCCCAUGAAAUGCCAGCUAAUUGCUUUUUCUGCUAUGACAGUAAAUAAGUAUAUUCUACCAAAAAAAAAAUCUCCACUGCACCAAAUAUGCUGUGUGCUCUUAGUGCUGAACUGCAGCUACCCAGGUCAUAGCGGAAUUGAGACAGUUUAUGAAACUCCCUGAUGAUGCUCAUUUCAUCUCCACAAAGUGAUCUUUGCUAAUGUCGAAUAUUAAAUAUUAAAAAUAUUUACUUUAGAUAGACCUUAUUUCCAAAAUAAUAAAAUUUGAUUGUUUUGGGUUUUUUAA